AUGGCCACCCAAGGCAGGGGAACUUUAGGCCUCCUCCCUAGGGGUGCUGUUCUCCAGAAACAGGAGGGGCGCCAGACCAUGAAGCAGGAGCCAGGGAACCAGACCUGGGGUCAGGGCUGCAGUCUCCAAAAGAACCACCCUCCUGUCUGUGAAAUUUUCCGGCUGCACUUCAGGCAGUUAUGUUACCAUGAGAUGUCUGGGCCACAGGAGGCACUGAGCCGGCUCCGGGAGCUCUGCCGCUGGUGGCUGAUGCCAGAGGUACACACCAAGGAGCAGAUCCUGGAGCUGCUGGUGCUGGAGCAGUUCCUGAGCAUCCUGCCUGGGGAGCUCCAGACCUGGGUGCAGCUGCAUCACCCUGAGAGUGGCGAGGAGGCUGUGGCUGUGGUGGAGGAUUUUCAGAGACACCUAGGAGAGGUUUCAGGUACUGUACAGGAACAGGAAAUGCAUUUGGAGGAGACAACAGCCCUGGGUACAACAGAAGAAUCUCUUCCUACUUCACCCUUCAGUGAGGGUUCAGCCUCUGGAGGCCGCCUGGAGCCUCCUCAUGACCUCCUCCCCAAUGGGCACUCUGGUCAGUGUGCUUCUCAGGUGCCUGCCCUUUCCCAAGCUGGGAAGUCAGGAGACCAGGCAGUGGCAACUGUGCUUCGGAUGGUCAGGCCCCAGGGAUCUGCAGCGUACCAGUUCCUGUCUGUGGACUAUACUGAGAGGAAGUGGAAAGGUCCGGCCCUCAGUCAGAGAGCCGUGUACCGGAGCAUCGUGCCAGAAAAUUACUGCAGCAUGGCCUCAUUGGCAGGUGAGACUAGGACGCGGCGUUCAGAGUUGCCUGCAAGGCAGGAAGUUUCUAAAGGACCGGCGUCAUCUGAUGGGACAUCAGGAGGCCUCUGUGGAGUAGUUUCUGGGGAACCAGAGACAGGAGCUGCCUGUGAAGGUACUUUAGAGAAGCUGGAAGGGCAAUCCUCAGAUGAAGAAGGGAGCAGACUGGAAAGUGAUUUCUUCAAAAUAACACACGAGGAUAAAGAUAAAUCCACAAAAGAUGGAUGUGAUGAAUAUAAUGAACUUGGGAGACAUCCAGGUCUGUCCUCUAGUGCUGCAGAACAUCGAGGAGUUCUGAAGGGACAGAAAUUUUAUCAAUGUGAUGAAUGUGGUAAAGCUUUCAAUCGGAGUUCACACCUCAUUGGGCAUCAGAGAAUCCACACUGGAGAGAAACCCUAUGAAUGUAAUGAAUGUGGUAAGACCUUCAGGCAGACCUCUCAGCUCAUAGUUCAUCUGAGAACCCACACAGGGGAAAAGCCCUAUGAGUGCAGUGAGUGUGGAAAGACUUACCGACACAGCUCCCAUCUUAUUCAACACCAGAGACUCCAUAAUGGUGAGAAACCCUAUAAAUGUAAUGAAUGUGGAAAAGCAUUCACUCAGAGUUCCCAACUGAUUGACCACCAGAGAACACAUACUGGGGAGAAACCUUAUGAAUGCAGUGAGUGUGGUGAGGCCUUCAUACGUAGUAAAAGUCUUGUCCGGCAUCAGGUGGUUCACACUGGUAAAAAACCUUACAAGUGUAGUGAGUGUGGGAAAGCUUUCUGUUCUAAUAGAAAUCUUGUUGACCAUCAGAGGAUCCAUACUGGGGAGAAGCCUUAUGAGUGUAAUGAAUGUGGCAAGGCCUUCAGUCGGAGUAAAUGUCUUGUUCGACAUCAGAGCCUCCACACUGGGCAAAAACCAUACAAAUGUAGUGAAUGUGGGAAAGCUUUCCAUCAGAACUCUCAACUUGUUGACCACGAGCGAAUUCAUACUGGAGAAAAACCUUUUGAAUGUAAUGAGUGUGGUAAGGCAUUCAGUCUGAGUAAAUGCCUUAUUCGACAUCAGAGACUUCACACAGGUGAAAAGCCUUAUAAAUGCAAUGAGUGUGGAAAAUCCUUCAACCAAAACUCACACCUUAUUAUUCACCAGAGAAUUCACACUGGUGAGAAGCCUUAUGAAUGUAAUGAGUGUGGGAAGGUCUUCAGUUAUAGCUCUAGUCUCAUGGUACAUCAGAGAACCCAUACUGGGGAGAAACCCUAUAAAUGUAGUGAUUGUGGGAAAGCCUUUAGUGACAGCUCACAGCUCAUUGUGCAUCAGAGAGUUCACACAGGAGAGAAACCCUAUGAAUGUAUUGAGUGCGGGAAAGCCUUCAGUCAGCGUUCCACUUUUAAUCAUCACCAGCGAACUCACACUGGAGAGAAGCACUCAGGUCUGGCUCGCUCAGUUUCUUAAGAUGUGAUUUCCCAAGGAACUUUGAAUUAAGCUUCUUUUUAUAAGAAGGAACUCUUAAAACUGCUCAUCAAAAUGUACCAAUCCCAUGCUUUCUGGUGAGUCAGGAAUGUGGGAGAGUGGGAGUCACAGUGUAAUCCUU